CAGAGGCAGACAAAACGGUUAAAUUGGUUGAAACUGAACCAAAGCCGGACGCUCCCACUCCCGCUGCUGCUGACGCUGGAGCUGACCCAAAGAUGGAAACGUCAAAAACAAACGCACACAAAGUUACCAAGACAAUAAUUUCGACUCCAGAUAUCUAUAAGCCUGUAGGACCUUACAGUCAGGCGAUAUUAGCGGAUAAGACCCUUUAUGUAUCUGGGGUGCUUGGAAUGGACACGUCGGCCCAACUAGUGAGUGGUGGUGCUGAAGCACAGGCGCGACAGGCUCUCGAGAACCUAAGACUCGUGCUCGAAGCGGGAGGUGCUUCUCUGGAGUCCGUUGUGAAAACCACCAUCUAUUUAGCGCGUAUGGAAGACUUCCAAGCUAUCAACCAAGUUUAUGGAGAAUUUUUCCCAAAAGAUUGUCCGGCGCGAGCUACCUUCCAGGUGGGUAAACUUCCCAUGGACGCGGCAGUCGAGAUAGAAGCAAUUGCACUGAGUGGAGAUCUGGUGAUCGCGGAAGCAGGACCCUGCCCAUGCGCGCGUACUUAGUAAGGACAUUACUCGCCACAAACUAGCGCCUUGCAGUAUGCAAUAUCUUUGAAUAUUGAUUCAUACGAAAUCAUUACCAGUCCA